AAAAAAGAAAAAUAGGAAAUACAUUAGCCUUAGCUUAAAGCACACGCCCAGUCUCUCUAUAUAUAACCUUAACUCUCUAAUUCCAAAUUAUACGCUUGAAUCUUUCUGUUAAUUCUACGAGUCUCAAUCAAGCACUAGGGUUCGUUUUCAGUAGCAAAUCCUCAUUCUAUUAAACUGCGUCAAUGUCGAUAUUCGGUGCCGCUGCUGCGGCAAACACGAAUCCGAAUAAGUCCACCGAGGUUCAACAACCUCCUAGCGAUUCUGUAUCAAGCCUGUGCUUCAGUCCCAAGGCUAAUUUUCUGAUUGCUACUUCAUGGGAUAACCAGGUGCGAUGCUGGGAAGUAAUGGGAAGUGGAACCAAUGUUGGAACCGCACCCAAGGCCUCUAUAUCACAUGACCAACCGGUUUUAUGCUCAGCUUGGAAGGAUGAUGGAACGACUGUCUUCUCUGGAGGUUGUGACAAGCAAGUGAAAAUGUGGCCACUAGGUGGUCAAGCCGUAACAGUAGGCAUGCAUGAUGCUCCAGUCAAGGACUUAGCUUGGAUCCCAGAGAUGAGUCUCUUGGUCACAGGAAGCUGGGAUAAGACUCUGAGGUACUGGGAUUUGAGACAGCCAAAUCCAGCACAUGUCCAACAACUUCCUGAGCGCUGCUAUGCACUAACAGUGAAACAUCCUCUGAUGGUUGCUGGCACGGCUGAUAGAAAUCUUGUAGUUUUCAAUCUGCAGAAUCCUCAGACUGAGUUCAAGAGGAUUACCUCUCCCUUAAAGUAUCAGACUCGGUGUUUAGCUGCCUUUCCUGAUCAACAAGGUUUCUUGGUUGGCUCAAUUGAAGGACGGGUUGGUGUGCAUCAUCUUGAUGAUUCGCAACAAAGUAAAAAUUUCACAUUCAAGUGCCACAGGGAGGGCAAUGAAAUUUACUCUGUCAACUCUCUGAACUUCCAUCCUGUUCAUGGAACAUUUGCAACUGCGGGAUCUGAUGGCGCCUUCAACUUUUGGGACAAAGACAGCAAGCAGAGGCUUAAGGCAAUGUCAAGAUGCAGCCAGCCUAUACCUUGCAGCGCUUUCAACCAUGAUGGCUCAAUAUAUGCAUAUGCGGUUUGUUAUGAUUGGAGUAAGGGUGCAGAAAAUCAUAAUCCAUCAACUGCAAAAACAUACAUUUACUUGCACUUCCCACAGGAGUCUGAGGUUAAAGGCAAGCCUCGAAUUGGGACUAGCGGUAGAAAGUGAAGUCAGCAGUAAAGCUACUUGUCACCAUUUUGGGGAAAAGUGUGUUUUUGUUCUGUACAUGGAGAUAUUUCCGUUUUGGGGGGUUUCUGUAUGCAUAUACAAUAUUGUUAGUCGGAAUAGGAGUUUUUAACUGAAAAGAAAAGUUCUUCCUAGAUGAUGAUUUGAGUCAGAUAUUCUUUGUUAGCAAUUAGAUAAUUGCCUCUUCUCUAUCUCUAAUCUACUUCACCAGCUUAUGUUUGCGGUCA